AUGGGUGUCGGGGGCAAGAAACCCGUCAACAUCUUCAGGUUGAAAGACUUGGGAGAGCCGGAGGGAGCUCUUAACUGGCGCCUCUGGUUUGCCGUCCUAGCUUUUGGCCUGCUCGGUGCUGCGCGAGGCAUCGACGAAGGACUGAUCUCUGGCGCCUUCAACUCGGCCAACUUCAAAGAAUCCAUUCAUUAUGCCUCGUACGACAAGGUUGACCAGGCCAACAUCAAGGCCAAUGUCUCUGCCAUGGUCCAGAUUGGGUCCGUCGGCGGAGCGUUGUUUGCCUUCCUGAUUUGUGAUCGUAUUGGCCGGUUGAAUGCCACGCGUGUGCUGUGCCUCAUCUGGGCUGUUGGCAUUGCUAUUUUUAUGGCUGGCGGAGUGAAGGGCAACUUGGGCGCCAUCUAUGCCGGUAGAUUUAUCGCCGGCCUUGGUGUGGGACAGACGCCGGUCGUAGGUCCCAUUUACAUCGCUGAAAUUGCGCCUGCGUCAAUUCGUGGCCUCUGCACCUGCUUCUUUACCGGUGCUGUCUACCUUGGCAUAUUGCUUGCUUAUUUUGCCAACUAUGGAGCUCAGCUUCAUAUCACCAGUGGCAGCCCGGAUCAAUGGCUUGUCCCCACCAGUUUACACAUCAUGAUGAGUGGAAUCAUUUUCAUUCUUUCCUUUUUCCAGUUUGAAUCGCCACGAUUCCUCGUAAAAGAGGGGAAAAUCGACCAGGCUGUCUACAACUUUGCUCGCUUGCGCCAGCAGUCUCCUGACAGCGAGUAUGUCAAUCACGAAAUAGCCCUGAUUCAGAUUGGCCUUGACCGCGAGCUGGAAGCUAGCCAGGGUGUUGGUUGGCUUGGAAAAGUCAAAGAGCUACUUUUCAACAAGAGCAACCUGUACCGAGUGUAUCUGUCAUCCAUGGUUCAGCUGCUGGGUCAGUGGUCUGGCGCUGGAUCCAUCACAUUGUAUGCGCCGGAUCUGUUCAAAAUUCUGGGCAUUACCGGAAACAGCGAGUCUCUUCUUGUUACUGGUGUCUUCGGCAUUGUCAAAUUCGUGGCGGCCAUGAUCUGCGCUCUCUUCCUCGUCGAUGUUAUCGGCCGCAAGCGUGCACUGUUAUGCGGUAUUACACUGCAGAGCAUCUCCAUGAUCUAUGUUGCUGCCUUCCUUACUGCCGUGCCUCAACUCGGAACUGUCAGCGACUUUGUCCUGCCUGAUUCGAUGAAGGGACCCAGCCGAGGCGCAGUUGCCAUGAUUUACCUUUCAGGUGUCGGUUGGGCACUUGGUUGGAAUUCCAUGCAAUACCUGCUCACGGCUGAAUUGUAUCCCCUUCGUGUUCGUGCCCUUGCUACGUCGUGGGCCAUGACGCUCCACUUUGCCAACCAAUAUGGCAAUUCGCGCGCCUUGCCUGUCAUGCUGCUUAACACUUCGGAAGGAGGAAUCACGCCCAAGGGCACUUUCUGGUGUUUCGCGGCUGUUACUAUGUUAGGCGGCGCUUGGGUGUGGUUCUCUGUCCCCGAAACCGGUGGUCGCUCACUUGAGAGCAUGGACCGCCUGUUCGACCUUCCGUGGUACAAGAUUGGUCUGUAUGGUAACAAGGAUGCUGAUGAGAAGGACAUGGCUGUUGAUGAAAAGCAGAGGGCUGCCGAGGAAGAGUUUGGCAACGUGCAGCAGAUUGAGAAGGUGUAG